AGAUAUAAAAGAGGUUCAACGGCAGCAUACGGUUAACAUCGCUGCGGUUUCGGCGAAUCUGCGGAACUGCGACACUGAUUUGAAAUUCGUGUUGAAAACACUUGUAUCGAAUCUUCAUGAUUUCUUCUUCGUGUCUUCUUCGUCCAGUCAAGCAGCAUAUAUUCACACUGCCACCAACAGAUCAUUAAGUUCUGGUUCAGGUAAUGGGAAUGCUGUGGUACAAGAUCUCAUUAGAACAACCAACAGUUCAGUUGUCUGGUGACUCCAGAUAUUUGACCCCUCUCUGGGUUUCUGCAAACGAAGAACCACUUGAUGAACCCUCUCAUUCUCAAUCCAUCACAACCUGUUUCGAGCUGCGAACAGAGAGACUUUACUCGUAUCAUCAGGAAAUAACGUAUAAGAUAAGAGCUGCACUAAAGAUCUUAACGUUCCGUGAGCAACAUGUUCUUGUUCAGUUUUGGUCGCCUCGUGGCGUUGGCAAACACCAAAUGCUUACAACCAUAGAUCAACCAUUUGGUCUUGGUGUAGCCAGUGAGGAACUUUGUUUUUAUAGGCGGGAAUCUGAGCAUCAAACUUUUUUUGUGGACAAGGAUCAUGAAGAAGAAGAUGUUAGUCCUCCUGCACGAGUAUUCAGGCGAGGAUUGCCAGAGUGGACUUCUGAUAUAACUGAGUACGAGACGAAAGAUUUUCCACAACAAGACUGCGCGAUCCGUUGCAAGCUUCAUGGUUAUUUGGCUUUACCCGUGUUUGAUUCUACUACAGGGUCAUGUGUUGGUGUGCUUGAGAUUUUGACCUCCGUCAAGUAUAUGUGUUACGCCUUUGAGGUUCAACAAAUUCACAAAGCACUGCAGGCGGAAAAUCUGACGAGCCCACAAGUAUUUGAUUACCCUACUUUAAAGGUUCCCAGUGAACGCAGGCAAAACGAGUUGGCUAAAAUCUGCGAUAUAUUGAAAGUUGUGUGUGACAUACACAGUUUACCUCUUGCUCAGACGUGGACUGUGUCCCCGACCAGUAGUUACGUUUCCCAUAAUAAAGUUAUCGAGAAGACCUGUAGUAGUUUCGACACCAGAUGCAUCGGGAAAGUCUGCAUGUCUACGGCUGCUUUGCCGUUUCAUGUUCGAGAUUUGGGUUUGUGGCAUUUCAGGAAAGCGUGUGGAGAGCAACAUUUGGAUAAAUCCCGUGGCUUUGUUGGAAAGGCGUUGUUAGACCGCCGUUCGUACUAUUGUCAAGAUGUGACUGAAUUAAGUGAAGAAGAGUAUCCUUUGGUACACUAUGCACGCAUGAACGGGUUAACCAGCUGCUUUACAAUCUUCUUGCAUAGCGUUGAAGGUGAUGAUGGAGAUGACUAUGUGCUAGAGUUCUUUCUACAGUUGGGGAAUAAAGAUAGCAGACACGUUGUGAACUUGGUGCAAACGUUGAAGCAGCGCGUUGAAGUCGCUCUGGGAUUUGAGUUGGGUGAGAUAUUAUUACCUGUAGAAGUUACUGAACCGCCUAGGGAUGUUAGUUGUCUGUCUUUAAAUACAAAUCCUCAUAUUAUUCCAAUAUCCUCUACCACAUCGGCAAACGCCUUGACACCUGAGACAGAUUCAUCAGAUUCGGAGUCAUUGUCUGCAAAUGUUGCUAAAACGGACCCUGCAAAUGUCCCAAGCCAACGGUCACCCAAACAUAUUUACCCCAAUAAACACGAAUGUAUUAUCGCUGACAAUGUAAGUAUGCAGAAGACGAAACAGAGCAGAAAACGUAAGAUAGACUCGCUGACAAUGGAGACAGUCGAGCAACAUAUUGGAAAACCACUAGGCCAAACCGCCGAAAUCCUUGGUGUUAGUAGGUCUACGUUGAAGCGCUUUUGUCGGGAGCAUGGGAUAUCCAGUUGGCCCGUGCCAAAGCAUAGCAAAAGAAGCGAUUUAGUUACUGACCCAAAUCUGUCACAAGAAUUAUGGUUAGACAAACAAUUGCAACAGUCUUCAACGCGGAGUGUGAGCCAUAUUUCAGAAACGGGGUUGUUGACGGUGAAGGCGAGUUUUAAAGGUGAUAUGAUAAAGUUCCCAUUUUGUGUUUCAUCCGGGUUGGUGGAACUGGAAAAGGAAGUGGCAGAAAGGGUGGAUGCAAAGGGUCAAAGGCUUAGUAUAAAAUACGAGGACGAAGAGAAAGAUCUGGUGCUCAUUACCUGCGACACUGACUUGGAGUUUUUGGCUAGUAAGACCGCGAUUAAAUUAUUCGUCCACCUGGCUGAUGAUGAUCGAUUAGCAUUUAAAAGAUCACACAGUGAGUAAAGUAGAUCGGUCCAGUGCACGGCUCCACAACGGGAUCGGGUAAAUCAUAGCUUGCGCUGGGCUGGAUACAAGAGGGUAUGACAGAAGCCGGUGGAAGCAAGAUUCAAACCUGAGACCUUUGCUAGAGGGAAUCAGAUGCAUACCACUCCACCAUCCUUAUUGUUGUGUUUGUAAUAUGAAGUGAAAGAAGGGUGUUUUUUAAUAUGAAGUCAAAGAAGAAACUAGCUCCUGGAUGUUUUAUUUGUAACAUGGAAGUCAAAGAAGAAAGUAAAUACGAAUGAUUCUCAAAAGGCGAUUUUAUUAACAAAGAGAAGAUAAAUGAUA